AUGAGUUUAGGUAUUGAUAAUCGUUCUGUUUAUGCGGAAGAUUUUGAAAUACCAUUUUUACAACAAUCAGCUGAAUUUUAUCGCCUUGAAAGUCAAAAAUUAUUAGCUGAAAAUAGUGCAUCUGUAUAUAUACGAAAAGUAGCUGCACGUAUAAGUGAAGAAGCUGAACGAGCUGUUCAUUAUCUUGAUAAAUCAACUGAAGAACGAAUUGUUCGAGUAUUAGAAGAUGAAUUAAUUACCAAACAUAUAAAAACAAUAGUUGAAAUGGAAAAUUCAGGUGUUUAUCAUAUGCUCAAAUUUAAUAAAUGUGAUGAUAUUGCCACUAUGUAUAAAUUAUUUGAACGUGUACCUAAUGGUCAUUUAACAAUAGCUGAUUGUAUGAGUAGUUAUCUACGUGAACAAGGACGUGCACUUGUUACUGAAAAUACAGAUGAAGGAAAAAAUGCAAUCACUUAUGUUCAAAACUUACUUGAUUUAAAAGAUACAUUUGAUCAUUUUCUCAAAAAUGCAUUCAACGAAGAUAAGAUAUUUAAAAAACGAAUUAAUUCUGAUUUUGAACAUUUUAUUAAUUUAAAUCAACGUAGUCCAGAAUAUUUAUCUUUAUUUAUUGAUGAGAAAUUAAAAAAAGGUGCAAAAGAUCUUGGUGAUCAAGAAGUUGAAAUUGUACUUGAUAAAGCCAUGAUGUUAUUUCGAUAUUUAGAAGAAAAAGAUGUCUUUGAACGUUAUUAUAAACAACAUUUAGCUAAACGUUUAUUAUUAAAUAAAUCAGCAUCAGAUGAUGCUGAAAAAAAUAUGAUAUCAAGAUUAAAAACAGAAUGUGGUUGUCAAUUUACAUGUAAAUUAGAAGGUAUGUUUAAAGAUAUAUCUGUAUCAAAUACAACAGCUGAAGAUUUUCGUUUAUAUGUUUCACAAAAACGAAUUAAUUUGAAUGGUAUUGAUUUAACUGUACGAGUAUUAACAACAGGUUUUUGGCCAACACAAACAACUAAUAAUCAAUGUAAUUUACCAGGAACCGUUCGUGAAGCUUAUCAAUGUUUUCAUCGGUUUUAUUUAAAUAAACAUAGUGGAAGACAAUUAACAUUACAACCAAGUUUAGGUUCAGCUGAUUUAACAGCAAUUUUCUAUGGAAAACCAAAAGAAGAUGAUGGUGAUAGUGAAUCACGACCAACAACAACAAUGAUUAAAGAACGUAAACAUACUUUACAAGUAUCAACUUAUCAAAUGGUUAUAUUAAUGUUAUUUAAUACAAAAGAAUCUUGGUCAUUUGAGGAAAUUCAUCAAGAAACUGAUAUAAUUGAAAAAGAUUUACAACGUGCAUUAUUACCAUUAUCAUUAGGUAAAAGUAAUCAACGUAUAUUUCUUAAAGAACCUAAAACAAAAGAAAUUCAAUCAAAUGAUAAAUUUUCAAUAAAUGACUCUUUUACAUCAAAAUUAUUUCGUGUUAAAAUUAAUCCAAUAACAGCAAAAGUUGAAAGUGAUCCUGAACGACAAGAAACACGAAAUAAAGUUGAUGAUGAUAGAAAACAUGUUAUUGAUGCAGCUAUUGUACGUAUUAUGAAAACAAGAAAAGCAAUGACACAUACACAAUUAAUUGCUGAAGUUACUCAUCAACUGAAAGCAAGAUUUAUGCCUAGUCCUGUUUUUAUUAAAAAACGAAUUGAAAGUUUAAUUGAACGAGAUUAUUUAUCACGGUCAACGGAUGAUAGGAAAAUGUAUAGCUAUGUGGCUUGA